AAUCAAGAAAUCAAAAUGGCGAUGUGGCAACCUGAAGAAAACGGUCUUCGUCAAAUCCUUCAACUUCUCAAAGAAUCGCAGUCCCCUGACACGGAAACUCAACGAGCUGUACAACAGGUUAAUAUAUGCAUCAUAUUAAAUAACUUUGAGGAAGAAAUAACUUUGAUUUCGAAUUAAAACGUAUCAGUAAUUUUACUUCAUAUAUUCGAUUAUAAGUGUGGUCGGAACAGUGUGGUCUGUAGCUGUGGUGUCACGCGGCAUUCAAUAAGUUGCCAAAUUCAGUGUCCCUUUAAUUUAAAGAUACGCUUAUAUGUACUUUCAGUAUUUUGCUUCGUGAUACUAAUCUUUUAAGUAGGCAGGCUCUAUCAACGUCUGGCGCCCCCAUUUAUGAUUUUAGGCUGACUGAUGAUAACCCAAAGAAACUCAUUCAUCAAGGCAAUUGAGUGCAAGUUAGUAGUAUAAGGGGCCGAACCAUUUUCUGAUAAAUAAUAGAGUGAUAGUGUCAUUUAUUAUUUAUCAUAUUAGGCCUAUUGCUCAUAAAGCUUAGUUAUAGGACAUCUAUAUCAGAACUCCCCAACCCCUGUGCUGCUGGACACUUAGUGUGCCAAGAGUAAGAGGUGAUGCUAGGUUGUGCAAAAGGAAUAUUCCUCCAAAGAUAAUGAUUUGCUAAUAUAUUAUAAAUAACAAGAUGUCAUAGAACACAUCCAGUCUGGAUGUUUACUAGUCCCCAUCCCAAAAUCCCUAUGUGUUUUGUGUCUGUAGCCGUAGCAACAAGUAAAAUAUUUGGCUAGGUACUUAGACACAAAUUUUGUAGGUACUUCGAUAACUCACCACGCAUGCACGCAAGUCUAAUGCGCACAGAAAGAUCCCCAAAUACAUAGCUGCGCACAAAGAAAACGGCGCACACCAACAAAUACGCACACUGAAAAUUCAGCACACGGGCAAUUGCGAACCUUGAUUAUUGUGGACAGAAACAAUUGCGCAAAUUAUCAAUGCAAUUUUAUUUUAAGCCACAUUUUUGGAUUUAACAUGUUCAGUUGCCUAUCAGCAUAAAAGGCAUGUGAGGAAAAAUAAAAGGGGAAGAAUCAGUGAGACAGUAUCAGACCUGCCAACCCUUACGAUUUUGUCGGAAUUAUACAGAUUUUUAGCCCUCAUCUUUCUUUCCAACUAACUCCUUAAAAUUCAGAUUUUCCAAACAUAAUUUUUCAUCCGUCAUAAAAAUCCGAAAACAAAAAUUGGAUACGACAGGAAGUGGUGCAUUUCGAAGAUGCCACUUCCUUUUUUUUUACAAAGUGUCUACAUGUCUGGCGAUCAGAGACGAUUAAGUUCUCAAGAUUUUCAUCUAGCUGUUAUAUAUUCAACCUAGUCACAUGACCACCGUAACAAAGUUGCAUAGAAUAUUUGUCUGUCAGCCUUGUCAUGUGACCGCUAAUACUAAUAGUAAUAGUCUAUCAGAGUUUACGGUACUUCAUUUCAACAAAUUCAAGAAAGUCUGGAAAUUUACGUGAAAAAGAAAUGUUCAAUCAUACAAAAGAAGUACUAGAACCUUUGCUGGUAAAUAUAAUGAACAAAUGGUUAAAAAGUGACUAUCUUAUAUAAAGAGUGGCGUCCCGCUGUAUGAAUAUCUCCCGCACUAUUUGUCUGGUCGACGGACGUAUAGACACAUCCUUGUCUUUUGGAAGGAACCGCGAUCUCCAAAUCAUUUUUUAAUCAAUUGAUCCGAUCGUGAUUCAUCAUUUUACAAGGCUAAAAAAUAAUUUUGUUGCCUUGUGUCUUUUUUGUUGUUGUUAAAGCGUAUCUUAAUUUAAUGGAUAAAUCUAUUGAAAGUGGUGGGUAUAGUGAUAUUAAUAAACAUUUAACCCCCCCGACAAAAAAAAACAAAAAAACAUACGACUGCAGCUAAAAGCAAUGAAUCUAUUACAUCCAUCUCUAAUUUCUUUAUAAAGGAAUCGGACAAUUCAGUGAUCAUAUCAGAAAUUUUAUUUACCACCUUUCUUAUUGAAGGAAAUAUUUCUCUAGCCAACUCCGAUUGCUUAAAUGCCAGAGGCAAAGAAAUGUUUCCAGACUAGCAGAUUGCUAGAAGAUUGUGAAGAAAAAUUACAAUGAAACAAGGGCAAGCAUGAAAUGAAAUUUGUUUGUACAAGUUGUAACUAAAAUCAGUUGCAAUGCUAAUCUUCAGUUGUCUAAAGAGCUGUUGGACAAGUGCAAAAAGGCCACUAGGGAAAUGCUGGAAAACUGAACUCUUAGCAGCCUGUGUAUAUAUAUGUAAAUAAAAUGGAAAUUCUGUUCUGUAUAUAAACAUUUCCAGUAAUGUUUUUCUCAUGUUCUGUUGUGUUCUGUGGACUCUUCAAAGACAAUGGAGGGAACUUUAUAUUUUUCUAUUUAAUAAAAAAAAGGCUUGUGAGUUAGUAUUUAGCUCUUAAACCAACACCCCCCUUGGGGUGCCACACUCUGGGGGCAGCGGCCCUACUUACCCCCACGCCAGCCACCCACACACACCACAAUUUUUUUUUCUUGGCAGGCCUGCAGUAUGAUAUAUGUUGAAAUAAAAAAGGAAAACCCCCCCCCCCAAUGAAUAAUUAAUUAAAUUAUUUUUGUUAAACUUUUUGAAACAAUAAUAUCAACAUCAAUAUAACGGGAACAAUAAAAGUGUUUGAAAUUGUGUUUCUAGAUUUAAUUUUGUUAUGAAAAACUACUAAAAUAAAGAAAAUUCAAUUUAUAAAAAAAAGUAUUGCAGCAACAAUAAUCAAAGCAUGUUAUUUCUUUCAAACAUCUUAAGAUCUCUCAUAAAAUAUAUUGAAUACACACUAUUUAUCAAUGUGUCAGGGCUGUUAAUUUUGUAGCCAACUAAUAGUAUUGUAAAGUUAAUUGAAUGUUCCUUAAUUUACAUUUGUUGCUAAAUAUUUAUUUAAAUUUAAGGUGUUUUAUUUUAAUAUAAGGAAACAAUAUGCCAAUAGAAAAAAAAUAGCACAAUAUUCACAUGUACACUUACCUCAACCUCGGUUACUUGCCAACACGUCGACGUUUCUCUCUUUCUCUUACCAUUUUCUCAAUGGUUAUGUCGCAGAACCCUAAUAUUUCAAGCUCAAAACCGUCAUUUAUAACAUACAAAUUCAUGAGUGUAGACCGUAGGCAGGCAUCAAAAACAAAAAAUCAAAGAGGUAACCUUUUUUUAGACUAUGUAAUUUGUCAUCAUGGCGACCAUGCUUGUCUGCAUAUUACCAAUUAUCCAUGGCGGCCAUAGAAACUUAUACUUACCUCAAGCGAAUGACAAGAACUUAUUUUAAUUUCUCUCAACUGCCAAAGUUGAUUCUAACAAUACAUGUUAAUUUGUGAAAUAAGAUUAAAACUUAAAAUAAAUGACAUACUGUUUUGUCACACUCUUUUGAAUGGGACUAAAGUAUGUCAUGGUAAAUAAGAAGUAUAAUCAACAAUUUUAACUAAUUGAAUCAAAUAAUCCCUGUAUUAUUUCUUUAUACUUAUAAAUAAUAAACAAUCCACAGAAAAUUUGAAAUUAAUAUCUAAAGAAUAUUAUUAUUUUGGAACACAUUCUCAGUAUAAUAUAAAACACAAGCAAUCAAGACUUCAUUUUUGAUAAUUUUAUUUUAGCUUAGUUUAAAAAUAUAUGAAAAAUGUUUGAGGAAAUAUAAAAAAAAACAAAAAAAACCUGUUUAUUGUAUUUCAAUUAAAUAUACUUAAGUUAAAUUUUAAAUCAAUGCUAAGAUUUAUAAAAGGUAAGUAGAAGUAGAAGAUUUCUAAAAAAAUAAAAUUAAAUGUAUGAAGUUAAAUCAUGUCCUAAAUAAUAGGGCUAAUACUUGAUAUUACUAUUGACUAGUAUUACUGGUAAUAAUAUGCAGUAGGAGGAUAGAAUAGUAUUGGUUUUGGGCCUGUAGGCUAGAAAUAUUUUUUAAAUUGUGAGCCUAGCAAAAGGUAGCCACAUUUUUUAUAGUAUUGAUUUUAUUUUUGUAUUAUAAAAUUACAUUUAAAAUUUACUGUGAUUUAUUCAGAUACAUCAAAAUUAAAAACACUCUUGAUUCUUAAUCGGGAGCAAAUUCCAUUUCUGGUGACCAUACAUAAUUGGCUAAAUUUAUAUUUUCCAUCUGGUGAAGGGUGUGUCCCUGGUGAAAGGGGUGGGGGUUAUGACAUGUUAAAAGACAAAAUUACACGUAAUUGGUGACAAAAUUAAUUAUUAGAGUACUGCUGUAAUACGCAAAAAUCUGAGGUCCCUGUACGGAGAUUGUUAAAUGGCCACACAAGUUUUCUUCUGCGUGCUUGAAUGGGUAUGGAAGUGCAUACUUUAACCUUUCAUCCCAUGCCUGUACCAUGUCAUACUUUACCUAUGUCUUGAUUGCUGGUUUAAAAAUUUUGUGUACAGUACAUGGCUAAAAUUUAUGAAAAAAAAAAAAAAAGACCAACAGAAACCAAGCCCCAUCCUGUCCCGUCGGAGGGUACAAAAAAGAUUGUUAAAUGGCCAAACAAGGUUUCUUUUGCGUGCUUGAAUGGGUAUGGAAGUGCAUUCUUUAACCUUUCAUCCCAUGCCUGUACCAUGUCAUAAUUUACCUAUGUCUUGAUUGGUGGUUUAAAAAUUUUGUGUACAGUACAUGGCUAAAAUUUAUGAAAAAAAAAAAAAAGACCAACAGAAACCAAGCCCCAUCCUGUCCCGUCGGAGGGUACAAAAGUUCUUUCAUCUGAUCGUUAAGUCAUAUGGUGAAUAGUCCCAGCUACAUGGCAUUUUGUAUAUAUGUCCACCAAUGAAUAGAUUUUGACCAUUUUAAUUUAUAUAUGUGUAAACUUGACCUUAUUUGCUGGCGAUAAACAAAACGCAGGGUAGAUAGCAAAACAGAAGUGUAGCAACGUAACCCUAUUUCUUAUGCAGUAAUUCGCUUUGUUUCAGUUGCAGAUUUUUCAAUUUUGAUUACUGCGCACAGCAAUUACAGACAUUUAUUAGACAUUUCCAUAUUUGUAGAUUUCAUGACAUGUUGUCAGCAAAUUGUCGGAAGCAGGCAAUGUCUAAUUUAUUGCUCAUAUACAUUAUCACGAUAACAAAUUGAGUCCUUCUAAAACUCGCCCCACCCAGGAUAGAAUAUCCAACUUUGAAACUGCAUUUAAGAAAUGAUGUCCUUCAAGCCUGCGUUGUGACUAAUUAUUUUUCCCCUUACUAAUUAAUUUUAAAUAUAUUUUUUAAUCUCUUUCAGAAAUUAGGGGAAUUAAACAACUAUCCAGAUUUCAACAAUUAUUUAAUUUUUGUUUUAACUAAGCUAAAAACAGAAGGUUAGUACAUAGUUCGUUAAAAGACCGAAUGUUAGCAUUUUUUUUAUGAUUGAGCAUGCAGGCUAGGACUAUAGAUUAAUGUUUAAAAGGUUUUACAAAAUUUCUUGUCCAAGUUAUUUUUGAAUUUAAAAAUAUAAUUUUUUAAGCAACUCCCAAAUUAUUUGGAUGGGGAGGUCAAAAAAAAAAAAAAAACUUGUAUAAGAGAACUACAAAAAACUCAGCGUUGAUUUAUUUAUCAAUAAAUAAAUUUUAUUCUUUCAUUCAUUAUUAAAAAAAUAAUGUAAUUUCUACUCUUAGAUGAUCCUACACGCUCAUUAAGUGGAUUAAUCCUGAAAAAUAAUGUGCGGGCACAUUUUGAACGCUUUCCUCCGGAAGUGACAAGCUUCAUUAAACAAGAAUGUAUCAAUAGUCUUGGUGACCCAUCACCCUUGAUCAGAGCUACUAUUGGGAUAAUCAUAACAAAUAUUAUCAUCAAAGGAGAGCUACAUAAUUGGCCUGAAGUUCUACCACAUCUUUGUGCAUGUUUAGAUUCAGAGGAUUACAAUAUUUGUGAGGUAAGUAUUAUUGGCGUCUGAAGAAGACUGAAUUUUAACUUAGCAUUAUAGUAUUGGUUAAUUUAUUUUCCACUGUAGAGUUUUACGUCUCGUUCUCCAAUACAACAUUUGUCUAUGUAGGGUGCUUUUGGAGCUCUUCAAAAAAUAUGUGAAGACAAUGCUGAAAUUCUUGACAGUGAUAUGGCUGAUAGACCAUUGAAUGUUCUUAUACCCAAGUUUUUGAAUUUCUUCAGACACCAAAGCCCAAAGAUUAGGUAUGCUUUUUUAUCUAGUUUUAACAGUUUAUUUUUAAAAGGUUGAUUUAAAUUUGAUCUUUCUGUGUUUUCACAUAGUUGUUAUGUAAUAUUAUCAUGUUUUGUGUCUGUAUGGCCUGGUGUGGAUAUUUGAUGUGUUUUUGUGAUUGAAUCUAAGACCAUCAUCAUACCUAGGCUGCUAUGCUAGUCAGCCACCAUUUAAAAAAUAUAAUUAUUCAUUUGUUGUUCUAACAGAUCUCAUGCCAUUGCUUGUGUGAAUCAGUUCAUCAUUAGCAGAACACAGGCACUAAUGGUUCAUAUAGACACAUUCAUUCAGGUAGUUAUUGAUAAUUUUGUUUGAAAAUUCUUUACACUUUACAAGUCUUUUACAAGUACUUUGAUAAUAGAUUAGUUAAAAACCAAUUAUAACUUAAGUUGUAUUUCAAAAUAAACAUUUUUUAUUUCAGAACUUAUUUUAUGUGGCUAAGGAUGAUGACUCUGAAGUUCGAAAAAAUGUUUGUAGGGCUUUGGUUAUGCUUGUUGAAGUGAGAAUAGAUAGGUUGAUGCCUCAUAUUGAUCAGAUUAUCCAGGUAAAGUUAAUUCUUUCUUAACUAUUUUGUAAUUCACCUCAAUAAAUCAUGUGUAACUAAAAAAUUAAGAUACGUUUUUUAAAGCCAUUUUAAUUUAAAUUUCAGAUUACUGUUGAAACUUGACCAAUUAUUGAAUAAUUAACUUGUAGUAGAAAUAUUUAUUGCUUUAUACUAAAAUGCCUUAUCUUGGAGGUCACCUAUGCAGACCUGUUUACUCUUACGAUUUUGGCGUACAAUGUACGAUUUUUAGAUGUCUUUUACGAUUGUACGCCAAGACCCGCCAAAACUACGAUUUUCAGAGACCCGGUGGAAAAAUGUUUCCCCCGAUUUAAAAAAAAUUAAUAAAUUUUCGGGUUUGGACGUUUUAGCCGUCUCUAAUGAAGAUCUGGCAGUGAAUAUGAACGAUAAAAACGAUUGGUUGGAUUGUUUUUUUUUUUUUUUAUACUGGAACCAUCCUNACGUAUCGUAUUGACGGGAUCACAGUGUACUAGCUGGCUGCUGCGUCAACAGUAAUAUUUGGAUUGGUCGCCCUAGCGACAACUUCACCCGCCAUCGCCUUUGACUGCUACCAAGCGUGUGACGUAGUUUUGGUACAUAAUUAUUUUGUUCCUCAGAACCGCGGCGAUUGUAAAACUAGAGAUGGUUUUUAAAAUAAAAUAGAUGAUCCAACUGUUCUGCAGUGGAGCGUUGGAUUUGGGGCAUAACGGUAUUUUAUAAGAUCCAGUCAGCGACAUUUACAAAAUAUAGGGAAAUAUUUUGUAGUUUUAUUUAUUUACUAUAGAGAUAUUGUAUUGUACGAUUUUGAGACCAGAUUGUACGAUUUUAGGGGUUUGAGGGUAAACAGGUCUGCCUAUGACUUAUGAUGGUGAGACAAACUACUAGUUGAAAGUUUACUCAAUUAAGUAGGCAUAAAUCAUAAUUGGGAGCUUAUUUUAGAAAUAUGAUACAUAAUUGUAACUUUUUGAUUGAUAGCAUUUUUUAAAUUGUCAGGGUAAAAGAGAAACGAUAAUAAAUGGGAAUAGGCAAACAAUAUAUAGCAGCAAAAAAGAGACUCUGUAAAAUUAAUAUUUUAUUUAUAUUUAUCUAACAGUACAUGAUGGAACGCACUCAAGAUAUUGAUGAGACUGUUGCUUUAGAAUCGUGUGAAUUUUGGUUGUCUCUGGCAGAGCAGAAAGUCUGCAAAGAUGUUUUGGGGCCUCAUAUAGAUAGGCUUGUACCGAUUCUUGUGAAAGGAAUGAGAUAUUCAGAGAUUGAUAUUAUACUCCUCAAGGUAAUAUUUCACAAUAUAAAUUUUCUGUCUCUCCAGCACUUACAUUACACUCCCUCUCUCUGUGAGUGCGGGCACCCCUGGUUAAGAACCCAUUUUACAUGUUAAUAUUUUUAACAAAAUUGUCCUGUUGGGGCUUGGAGCAUAUACAUUGGGUUGCAUUUUUUACAAAGUAUAAAAAUAUGCUUGCCACAUCCUUAUUUUAAAUCAGAUGUCUCCUCUGCUUACAUUCUGAUUCAAAAUGGAAAAUUAUGAGCAAUUUGUAUUUUACAUGUGAGCAUUAUGAAAAGAAACAAAGGCAAUUUAAAUGUAUGUAUUUGUUCAUAUAAUUAAGUUCUAUAAGGAUCUUGUUUUAUCAAAUCCUAAAUCAUUUUCAAGUACUAACAUUUAAAGCAAACUUUAUUAUACAAUCAUUCUAAGAAUAUAACCCUAAAUGAUUUUAUUGCUUCGUUAGGGGUUUAAUAAAUAUUUUAAUAUAUAACAUUUAUUUUUGUUACUAGGGGGAUAUUGAAGAGGAUGACAUGAUCCCAGACAAAGAAUCUGAUAUCAAGCCUCGAUUUCACAAGUCCAGAACACAUUCCAAUCAGAAGCAUGAUGAAUCUGAUGUAAGUUAAAUGUCCCGUCUUUAAAAAAAUAAGUAGACCCUUAAUUAAAUAUUCAAAUAAAUGUUUAUUUUCAACCACAUUAUCAGUUUAAAUUAAAUCAGGUCACUGUUUUUCUUAUCCAUUAAAAAAAUUUCUUAGGAUGCAGAUUCAGAUGAUAGUUAUGAUGAUGAUGACUCUCUGUCAGACUGGAAUCUAAGUAAGUUUUUUUAAAUUAGUUUUUCCCAUUACUAUUUGUUAUAUCUUUCACUGUUUCAAUACUUAUCAUUGCCCUAAAAGUGAAUGUUGGCAAUGUUGAAUAUUUUCGAAUCUUUCUUAAUCCUUCCUUAAUCGCAUCUAAUUAGCUUAUUUUUGCUUUUUAGUUUCGGAAAAAGGACGAACAUUAAAUGAUGUUGACUUCCAUUUGAUAAAGUCUUAUGACUUAUAGCACUAAGUCUACACUAACAGAAUUUGUUGUUGUUACUGCUGCUAUGUAUAGCUUACAAAUCAUCCCAAAUUCUCUUCCUUUACAAUAUCCUGAGAGAAAAAUCUUAAUGGGCUUGAUUAAGAUCUGUUACAAUUUAGAGAAAAAUCUUAUAUUGUAACAUAUUAAUCACGCCUAUUUAAGUUAAUUUUUUUCAAGCAGCUUGUCCAAUAAUUUGAAUGAAAUUCCACAAAAUUAUAUAAACAUUAUCUUGAAUGAAAGGUACAGGUAUUCUCCCAUUUAUUACCAAUUUGGAAGAGGUCUUUAUCGUUUUUACAUUGCCAUAUUACCUUGAUGUUCCAUAACUUAGGAAGUUAAUGCUGGAUGUUGUCUCUGCAUAGAGAAGCAGAUUAAGGUGGCACAGUAACAAUUUUUUUAUUCUAGUUUGUCUAACGAUGUUUUUAUAUAAUUUCCAUCUCAUUUCGUAAUUUUCUGUAGUCUUAUUAAAUUAUACCAUUGCCAAUAAAGUAAAUAUUUAGUGUGAGGUUGCACAUUACGAUCCAUUUGAAGUCUUUCUUAAACUAUUUAUAAAAGAUAAAUACAGUAUAUGAUUUAUUAAUUUUCUUUGCAAAAGGUAGGUGCAUAGGUGUUAGAAACAUAGAAGCAAUGUAAUUUUAAUCUUAACUUCCUUUCUCUUUUUUAUAAGGGAAGUGUUCAGCUGCAGCUCUGGAUGUCUUAGCCAAUGUAUUUCAUGAAGAGAUUCUUCCAGUUCUACUGCCCAUUUUAAAAGAAACUUUGUUUCAUGUGGAUUGGGAGGUGAAAGAGUCUGGUAUCUUGGUCCUGGGUGCUAUUGCAGAGGGAUGUAUGAGUGGUAUGAUUCCACAUCUACCUGAGCUGAUUCCUUAUCUCAUCAACUGUUUAUCUGACAAAAAAGCCUUGGUCAGGUCCAUUACCUGCUGGACACUAAGCCGCUAUGCUCACUGGGUAGUUGGUCAACCUCAUGACCAAUAUUUAAAGCCUCUAAUGACUGAGGUAUGUCUCUUUGUUUAUCGUUUUAUAUAUUCAAUUUGUAAACAUGCUGCGCAAUAGAUGUCUAAAUUGUUUUAUUUAAAAUACAUAAUCCAUGUAUAUUUUGAACAUCAUUUAUAAGCCAAAUUUUUUUUAUUGUAGCCAUUCAUUUUAUUUUUUAUAGCUUGCACAGUAUUAGCUUUUUAACAUCACCUCUUACUACCUUCUGGGGGGUUUUAUCACAUUAAUUAUUAAUAACACAUCCGGAUGAUUCAUUUCUGAAACUUUUUAUGCUGUAUGAUUUUUUAAUGAUUGUAUAGGUAAUUUGUAAUGUAAUGAAAAGUUUUGUAACAUAUCUUUCCACAGUUGCUAAAGAGGAUAUUAGAUGCCAAUAAACGUGUUCAAGAAGCAGCUUGUUCUGCUUUUGCUACACUGGAAGAGGAAGCAUGCACUGAGCUGGUUCCAUAUCUUGGCUUUAUUUUGGAGACACUAGUAUAUGCGUUUGGGAAAUAUCAGGUCAGUGCUUUUAUUUAUUAUCCUUCCUUUAAAGAAAAUAAUUGUAUAUUUUAAAUGAAAUAAAGUCUUCCUUAAUCGCAUCUGAUUAGCUAAUUUUUUGCUUUUUAGUUUCGGAAAAAGGAAGAACAUUAAAUGGUGCUGACUUUGAUUUCUUAAAGUCUUAUGACUUUAAAAAAAAAAGUGUGUCCCAACAUCUAUCUUAUGAUUGUUUUAACCUUCUUUUUCUUACGGUAUACUUGAGAUUCUGUUUUUAUUUUUUUUUGGUAAGAAAUUGUUUUUUUUUUUGGUACUUACUGCAAUUAGAAAAAGUCCAUUUAAGCAGGUUGCCCAAUUAUUUGGCAUACCACAAAGUAUUACAACAGAUUAGCUGAAGUACCAUGAAUUUUGGUCAUGUAGUUCUAAUUUGCAAGAGGUCUUAAUCACAUUUACUCUCAGUUGCCACAGUUUACUUUAACAUGAUUAUCUAUUUCAAUACUUUGUUCUAUAAUUUUGGUAAAUUAAAGAAAUGUUUUUUAAAAAAAGCAUCUUCUUAUAUUUACAAUCUAAAAUCCAAUAUAAACAAAAUACGAAAUGAAAACAAAUUGAAUAUGAAUGAGAGAAAAAUGAAGAAAAUAUUAUAGUAUUGAUUUUUGACCCACUGUUUUUUACUGGUAAAUAUUUAGCUUAAAAUUUAGUUAUUUUACCUUUACUCACCAUUGCCAUUUUUAAGAAAGUAAUUUAAUGACUAAUUUCAUGUACUUCUUUUGUUCUGUAGCACAAAAAUCUACUAAUCUUGUAUGAUGCUAUAGGCACUUUGGCUGAUUCUGUUGGUCAUCAUUUAAAUAAACCAGUAAGUAACAGUUUCAUUUGGCUGCUAAUUUAGAAAACAUUUGACACAUAUUUUACAUAAUUGUACAUUUCACUAUAUUUAAUUUGAGACAGCUGUUUUACUGUUUUACUCAACGCUUACAAAUUUUAGACAAAUGUAUACCUUUCAGGAGUAUGUCAACAUGUUAAUGCCCCCAUUAAUUCAGAAAUGGAAUAUGUUGAAAGAUGAGGACAAAGAUCUUUUUCCAUUAUUGGAGGUAACUUUUUUUUUUCAAUUAUAUUUGCUUGUGUACACUUCAUAAAUGUAUUUUCAUCUAGCCUUAUAUAUCUUUAUUUUUCAUGAUUUACAUUUUCAGUUGUUUUUUGUUACAUUUUAGUGUUUGUCCAGUGUAGCCACAGCACUUCAGUCAGGUUUUCUCCCAUAUUGUGAACCAGUAUACAGAAGAUGUGUUUGUCUUGUUGAGCAAACACUUACUCAAAACUAUGUAAGUAAAAAAAAAAAUGUGAACCUUUUUUUUAUAAUUGGUAUAAUAUUAUUAAAUAAUGGUACUUACAAUUUGGAUCCCAUUGAAAUCUAAAGAAGGGAAGUUAAUUAAUCAUUUUUAAUAAGCAAAAUGGAGUUACAGUGAACUCUCAAUUUGAAAUGUAAAAAAUAUGUAAAGCUUAGUCUAUUUAGUGUCAAUUAAGUUAUGCAAAGAAUAUUGUGGCUGUUAAAGUAUUUUAAAACUAAAUGUUGCUGGUUAGGAUUUUUUCUGGAUUUUAUUAUAUAUAUAUAUAUAUAUAAGAUGAAAUUUAUUGGAUUCAAUAUAUAUAUAUAUAUAUAUAUAUAUUCUGUAGUUACAUGACUUAUGCAAUAUAAAUGUUUAAAAGUAAAAUUCUGAUUUUUUAAACUCAUGUGUGCAGCAAAGUUCAUAAAGUUUAUUUAAAAUGAUGUUAAAAUGUUAUCUUUGGAUAUGAUGUAAUACCAAGCAUUGACUGAACUGAUUUAAAGCUUGUAUUCGUACUGUCUGAUCCAAAAAAUACUUUCAUAUCAUUUUUAUUACAGUUUCAUCAAACUGCUUACAGAUUAAAUUCUUCAUGCUAUUAAUGCAGAUCACUUAAGUUUCCUUAUAGCAUUAUUAAUAUAAUUUUCUGUUCUUAGGCCAAUUUGUCACAACCUGACCAGUAUGAUCCGCCUGACAAGGAUUUCAUGAUUGUUGCUCUAGAUCUGCUUUCUGGACUUGCUGAAGGUUUGGAGGGUCAUAUUGAAGGCCUUGUGGCUAACAGUACAAUUCUGAAACUUCUUUUCCAAUGCAUGCAGGUUUGUUGAUAUUUAAAUAGUGUUUAAUUGAAAUUUGUUGUUUUUCUGUAAUAGUUACAUUUUGCUGGAAUAAUUUCUUUUUUCCCCCUUAUUUAUUUCAAUUAUUUAGGAUCCCAUGCCAGAAGUUAGACAAAGUUCAUUUGCCCUUUUGGGAGAUUUGACAAAAGCUUGUUUUCAGCAUGUGCGACCGUGUAUUCGUAAGUUUGUUUCAAAUAUUUUUAUCUCCCUUUCUUUUAUUUGGGUAUUUCCAUUUGGAUAUGAUGAUUUUUUAAAGAUGCAUUGAAAUACAUGAUAGUUGCAUGUAUUCGUACUGUCUGAUCCAAAGAUUUUAAGGAUGUCAGUCAUUUAAUUUAAUAAGGGAAAAAAGUUUAUCCAUGCCUGUCUUGCAUUGCGAUAAGGCAACAUGUUUAUCAGCCUUAAUGUGGCACAGUUAUAACUAAAUCAUAAAAAUCAAAUUUUUGUUGUAUGUUUUUCAUGUAAAUUUGUCACACCUUGGUUCUUAUUAUACUAUAGUAACUAAGGAGAUAGGUCAUAUUUAUUUUGUUUUUUGUGUGAAUUAAUGCUUUUGUCUAACAUAUAUAAUUAUUUGAUUUUUGUGUGUCCAAUAAGAUUGAAAGUCUUUUUAUUAUAAAGAUAAGUCCCUCAGUGAGAGUAAAAUUUUUUAUGGAAUGAAAGGUUUUACCUUCAUUUUUAAUUUAAAACUACUGUCUUUUAAUUUUCAAUUUGGAUAUGAUGAAUUUAAAUAAUGCACUGAAUAAGUAACAUGACAGUAGCAUGUAUUCGUACUAUCUGAUCCAAAAUUAAUUUAAGGAUGUCAAUAGUCUUAAAAUUUAAAAUUAUUUUUUUCAAUUAUUUCUUUCUAAAACUUUUAACAAUCAUUAAUUUGUUAAAUUUUAAUAAUUUUUUCAAAUAUUCCAGCUGAGUUUAUGCCAAUUUUAGGGGCUAAUCUCAAUCCUGAGUUUAUUUCUGUAUGCAACAAUGCAACUUGGGCAAUUGGAGAGAUUUCCAUAAAAAUGGGUAAGUGUUUUUAUUUUGCUUAUUUAAAAGUACCAUUGUAUCUCUUUUUUUGUGUAUACUCUACUGGCAAGCUUCAUACAUACAUUAUAAUAUUAAUCACCUUAUAAUUUUUAAACUAUUUUUUCUCUGUUGAAUGGGAUUUCAUUAUAAAUGUUCAAAUAUUUAAAAGGAUUAAUCCCUUUUAUACACUAAUUUAUUCUGUUUAUUUAUAGCUUUUAUGACAUUAUGUUGUGCAAGAUCUACCAUAUUAGUUUCAGGCCAUUUAUGAGGCACAAUUUUUAUUUUUAGCUUAUGAGAACCUAAAUUCAUCUUUAUAAGUUAUGACCAAUGAUACACAAACGGAGCAUACUGUAGUAGUCAACAUGGCUUCCACUGGUGGCUCUGUUUGUCCAGUUUAUUCCUAGUCACAGAGCCUCACAGUGAAUAAUUUUCCACUAUUUAGAGGCCUAAUGUGCUUUUGCAUUAUUUUCUUACCCCAAACAAAAUAGGUCAAAGACAUUUGAUGUCCUCCAUAUAUACUUUGAAAUUUCAAUUCCUACUUAUUUCGUUAAUGGCCUCUUUGAUUGUCCUUAAAAGCCCAUAGACUAGGGGUGUGCCGGACCCCGGUCCGGAAUCCGGUUCCGCCGGAUUUUGCACUAUCCGGUGAAAUCCGGUUCCGCCGGAUUUACAUGUAUCCGGAACAACCGGAUUCCGGAAUCCGGAAUAUACCGGAUUUCGGAAUUUGCCAGAUUUUUGUGACUCACCGGAUCAUAAUCUGAAAUAAAAGUAAUUCUCUUUCCCGAAUUUCACACGAUCACGAUACAUUAAUCGAUUGUUUCGAGCGUUGAGCUUGUUUAAUGUUUAAUAUUCCGUACAUACCAGAGGCUAGAGUCAGCACCGCUAAUAGUGGCCAAUAGUGUAGGGACUUUGAUAAGAAAAUUUAAACUUUUUGUAAAAAUAAACCAAUGGCAUAGUUGAAAAGAUGUAAUUUUUUAAAGAAUUAUAACACCAAAAUCAUAUUUUUAGCUGUUGUAGUUUUAAAGUUAUGAAUUUUUAAAGUACGACUUGGUUUGUCAUUUUUUAACAUGGACUGCAUCUCCACAUUCUGUGAUCUCAUUCCGCCAAUCCCGUCAUGCGCAAUGACUAUAUAGUUUAUAUAAGGCAACGCAUUCCCUGCCUUAUCACUAAAAUACUGUUUAGACUUAGUUUAAACUUUCAACUUUGGCACAUGAAUAAUUAAUUAAAGCUUUCCCUGACCAAUGGUUUAAUAGUUUUUGCACACGGCAAACUCUUAUGAAUGAAACUCUGAGGUAGUACUACGAUACAGUUAUGCAAGUGGCUGUGAAUGGUUGCCAAUGACAACGUGUUGCACACGGUAAAUUCUGAUCAUUUAUAAUAUGGAUUCUACCGGGUUGUUAAAGCUCAAAUUAAAACAUUCCAGUUUAAAUGUCUUUAAAUGCAUUCUGAAACACAAGUUAUCAAUUAUUUUGAUGUAAAUAGUGAUAAUAAAUUAAUAUUUCCUAAGUAUCGUCAACUUCCGCCAUUAAAAAGGGGGGCGUGGCCAACCCCAUGGCGAAAUUAGGUUGAGCGAGCUGCAUAACCUGCUGCGAACGCGUAGAAACAUGGCGUCUCUCGUAAGACACUUAUCCAAAUGGAACGGAACUCAAAUAUAUAUCGAAAGUACUAAUUUAAUAAUAAAUAGACACACACAUCGGAAAAUUAAAAACUCGGAUUUUUUGGCGCCGAUUGCGAAUUCCCAUACACAAAAAGUAGUAGUCCACCUUGACUUACCGAAGUAUCUACCAAUAGUACCAAAAUCCGGAAUCCGGGAGAAACCGGUAUCCGGAUCCGGCGGAUUUCGCAUAAGAAAAUCCGGAUCCGGUUGGAAAAAACGGAUCCGGCACACCCCUACCAUAGACCAAGAUCUUACAGCUUACUGAAAACUUUUUUUAAAGUGAUUUUUGGCAUAAGCUGUUUAAAAAAACAACAUGUAAAAUAUAUUUCUCAUUGUAAAGCAGUGGUAUAAAUACAGUGGUCCCUCUUGAAUAUUCCCAGGUUAAGGGGGUCAACUACCUUCAUUUUCUAAAUUAUUAACAUUUUAACAUGUUUAAAGUUUUUAUAUUAUUUAAAUGGGCUUAGAUAAGUAAAAUAUGGUGGACAAAUUUAAUUAUUUAAAAAAUUUUACUUCCGCGGAGCAUAUUUGGGGUCGAGGUGGUAAAAUCAUGGGAAUCUUUGGAAAGGUUUUAUAUAAAAGCCACAGCAGCUACAGGUCUCAAAUUUUGUAUUUAAUUAGCCAUAAGCCUACUAAAUAUGAUAAAAUUGAGACUUUGGGUAAAAAGAUAGCCAAUUUUUUUUUUCAUGUCCUUUUGGUGCUGUUUAGUUUUUGUUUGGUCGCGCAACUUUUUCUUUAAAUAAAAAUAUCACUUUCAAUAAAAAUAUUUUUUUUCCAUGAUCAUUUUUAACCUAAACGGCUCUGUCACUAUAAUCUUAAGCCAUAUUUAAACAAGUAUACACAAUUUCAAAACAAUGGAACAGGUAGAUUUUGAGAAAAAUGAAGAACAUUUAGUAUACCGGUACCUUAAAUAUUUUAUUUUGAGAAAAAUAGAAAAUAAACUCUUUUUGGAAGAAAUUUUAGUCUUAUUCAUAAUGUAAGCAAAUAAAUUUCAUCUUAUUCAAUAUAAAAAUCAUUGGGCAUGUUAAUAAGCAAAAAACAAAUGUAAACCUGUGGAAAAUAAAUUUUCAGGGACAAAUAUACAACACCCUCCCCGCCGCAAAUAAAAAAUAUUAUUUUUUGUUAAAUUUAAAAAAAACAACAAAAAACAACCUUACUUUGCAUACCAAAAACAUUAUUUCAACAUUAUAAUUAUGAUUUAAAAAUAGCAUACUACAUAAUUUAUAAAAAUUGGAAGAUAUAUUUUUUAAUUUAUUAGUAUACAACAUAAAAAAUCAGCCCCUUCAAGUAUUUAUUGCGGCCACACUUACUCUAACUCAACUCUCCAUUUCUUUUUCUGCAGCUAUUUUUUAAACCUCCUUCCAAAUACUUCAUUAUUUUCUAGUGACCUCUGGGCUUUAUAGAUGCAGAAACUGUCCCUUGUAUUUCCAAGUAGAUGGGUCUGCAAAUGGUGCAGCCACAGCCUGUCUGUUUAGAAUGUGGACACUUUCAGAUUUUGUCUCAGUAAACAGCAAAUAUACUGCAAGUCUACAGUUUUUAUUUCUCAUCCUGUAGAAGGUGAAGAGACUAAGUACUGCAAGAGGCACAUUGCAGUCCUGUAUAGCAAAAUUUAAAUAGCAACAUAGAUUGUUGGCGAAGGUGAAUCGCUGGGGCUGUCGGUGGCAGCAAAAAAAAAGCCAAGUUCAUGCUUUCAUGCAUACCCGGCAAAAUGACUGUCCCUGUCCCAAAAUGACUCGGGUUGUAUAUCCUGAAUAUCUGCUACAGAGUGGUUGUCCAACUGGCAGGGAGGGGACAAAGCGAUGGUUGAGAGUUCAUUCUUCUUCAACUUUGUGGCUCUUGCCAUAGAUGUCGGUCGAUGUCUCUUCAGCUUAGAUCUCGAAGCAGUACUCUUUGUCAAUUCUUUAGUUGGAGGCAUAACACUGAAGUAAUAGCAAUAGAGAAAUAAAAAAAUUGUUAAUAAAAAGAAAACAAUAUCAUAAACAAAGCAACUGGUAUGUCAAAAAAUGUUGCAAGAAUGAAGACACGUACCGGUAAUUGAAAAUAACCAAAUGUAAUGAAUAGAACAUUUUUAAUUUAGUAAGCCCAAUAAGAACUAAAUAGGUACAGUGCCUGUAUAUUGUAAAAUAGAUCCAGUCAAUACCAAUAGUCCUUUAUAGUCUAUGAAUAUUUCAAAUGUGUCUCCCCAUGUAGUGAUAUGCACUAGUACUAUUAUGGUAUGAUUACAAUUACAAUUAAUUAUAGUAUAGUGUAGCCUACCAGAAAUAAAUCGUUAAACUAUUAUUAAUUAAAAUAUUUUAGUAUUAUUAUAUAAUAUAUACAUUUAGUUUGUAAUGAGAGUACAACAGGUCUUAUGUAAUACACAGUUCACUUGUGACUUGACUAAGUUUACUGACUCGGUCUAGCAGUGGCGUCCUAAGCCCUAAGCUUAGACCACAAAAUUACCAAUGAACGAAAGUACAAUACCAAAAUCAAUUAUAAAAAUAUCAUAUACAAAUUAAUCUUACCUUAUUUGAUGAAAUCAAUUGAAAAAUAAUCAAAUCCUAAAACAGUAAAGCAAAUUUUCACUUUGAAUCGACGAAAAAGGCUUUCUCUUUGUUUACACGUAGUCAGGGAAAAAUGUUGGAAGGUCACUCUUCCGUAAAGGAAAAUGGCGGAUAUGGACCAAUCAAAAUGCAGAGAAUUGUUUAUAACUACGAAUUGGCCAAUCAUCUACUUUUGUGUACACGUGAUACACAUGGUUUUUACAUGAAUGGUUAUUUUUAGAUAAAUUAGUCAUCGGAAUCGCAUUCUUUAUUCGAUGAUUAGCUUUCUAACGAUACCAAACAUGAUAGAAUCGAACCAGGGGUUUCCGCGCAAUCAAGUGUUGAAUAGGUCAUUUGGGGUUAGGUGUGAAAGAAAACCAAUGACCCCAACCCCUUCAGAUCACAAUUAUGUUAAAAUUAAUUAAUUUUAUAAUUUUUACUUUAUUUAAUGAUAAUAAAGAUAUUAAUCUAACAGAAAAUCCAAGUUUUGAAGAAUCAAUAUUUUUUUCAAAUUUCCAUUAUUUUGUGACCCGUGGAUCCCCUUAAGUUCCAGGAACAAACACACACAGAACAACAACCCACCCCUCCCCCCGCCAAAAUCUACUAAGUUGUGACCUUAUUUAUAGUUAAAUUUUUAUAUGUAUGUUAAGGCUUUAUAAACCCUCCCCACAGUCUUAUUAACCUUUUCCACACUUCCUAUGCCCUAAAACACUCUCUUCACUCUUUAAACAUAUAUAAAUUUGACAACAUAAAAAUUCCAUAUGGGUGCUUACCAGUGAAUAUACUUCAACUUAAAUAAUGAAUAUGAUGUAUUCAGCUGUGGAGUUACAACCAAAGGCGCCUCCAGUAUCUGGUGCAGUAUCUUCGCCUUUUUGGUUGUUUCUCUUUUUUCUCUAAUGGUGUAUGUGUUGCUGGUCUCUUCUUCCUAGGGAGGAACAUAGGUAUGGGGAGUGGCUGGCGCUGCUUUGUCCUGUGGGCAAGGUUUUUAUAAACAGAAAUAACACGCUUGAUUGAAUUUGAGAACUGCAACAAAGCAUCAGGGGUCCUUUUCUGGAGCCACUGGCUGAAGGUCUUUGGCUAUUCUGACCAUGAUUGCGAGACAUUCGAGCGUUAGGCCAACCUUCUUGUCUUCUUUAACCCCUAGUUCCUAUUAUUUCUCCGUCAGUUCUUUGUGAGUGGGCUUCGAUCGGGUCAUUGUCAUCAAAGUCAUAUCUUUGAAACCAUUUCCUCCCAGUAGUUUUGCCAUCUUCACAGCCUUCUCUGCCAUCGAGUGAUGGACUUCAUCAGGAGAGAAUCCCUUAUAAUCAUUGGACCACUCUGACCACAAAGCUUUCUAGCUGGCACUUUAAGUUUCACUCUUCAUUGCCUUUUUGGCUUUCUGAAUAAUUAAAACGCGAUUAGUGAGGUCUUCAUCCGAGUCCAUAGCUUCGAGGUUUUCAGGGCGUUUUCACAUACAUAGAACCUUAAAGCGAGAUUAACCCUUUACAGUUCGAUGCGCCCGAAAUGCGGCGAUUUUUUCCUUAAGCGUACAGUCCGAUGCGGCCAAACCCGCCCGUUUCGAGGUUGUUUACUUUCGUUCUUAGCACUCGCCUUCAGGUAACGCGUAAUGAUAAAUAUCAAGAUGGCCUUCUAAGCCUCGUUGUCGGCAUUUAUUUCGAUACUAGUUUGACCGCGGUGUGUUUAGGGGCUGAUUUUCUAUGAUUUUUUUAAAAGUCGCGAUUUUUUCGCUGUAAAAAAUGGCUAUCUAAGCUUUGGAUACACAUUUGAAAGAACUUAGGCCUAAUGAAGCUUCACUAUUUCAUGAGUGGGAGGGUCUCUGAAACUAUUUUUAGGUUUAACUUUUGCUUUAAUCAUUUCUUUGUAUUUAGGUAUUUUUUAUUUUAUUUUGUUGCUUCUAGUUUAUUUUCUGAAAAUUAAUUAGAUAAAGAACCUUCAUUUAAAAUGGAGUUAUGUCCCUUUGCUUGGGCGCUGGGAGUAGACAAGGCUGAAUAGGUUGGACUGUAAAGGGUUAACUCGUUGAUCCAUGGACUGAAUCAAGGAUGUGGUGUGCGGUGACAAGUACUGUCUGCUUGUUGUCAUGCGACAGAUUGACAGCAUUGUUCAUGUUCAGAAGCACUUUAAAUUCAAGGCCUUCCUCUGUCAGAUAAUGCUUGUCCUUCAGGAUAAAGCACAGGUGGAACCAAUUCAUUGUGAUCCAGGCCUUGAAGUUGUGCAUCCAGUACACUGGUGACACAUAUUCCUGUUUUUUGGGCCCUUCGGUUUUUGUGCCUAAUAAAUAAGUCUUGGCUUGAUCAUAAAAACAGCAUUUCCACGCAUAACCAAAGUUACACAAUCUAAGCAUUAAAUCCAGAGGUUUUGGCUUCAUCUUUCAUAAUAAAGUGUGAGACUGCAUUUGCCUCCAGAUUUAGCCUGUCACAUUCAUAUAAAAAUACUUGUUCAGGCUUAUAGCUUCCUUCCUCGCCGAUGGUUCAGAAUGAUUUUUUUACAUGUGCCUCAGCUCUGGCUUUAUCCCCAGAGGCUUUAUCUCCCUGUAGAGAAACGCUCUUAUGUUCGAAGUGUUUCUGAACCAACCCUUGCUGGCACUGAAUGGGGUUGGUUUGGUGGGCGAAGAACUCGAUGGUCCUGCUUCUUCGUUGCCCUCGUCUGUAACGUCACAGCUUUCAGCAAAAGUUUUUGUGAAGCUUCUUGGCCUUUGUGUGGAUGACGUUGAUAUCCAAGAUUUUCUUCUUCCUACUACAGUCACUGAUCCACAGGGCCAAAGCAGACCCCAUCCUCACAAUGGCCUUAUUGCAGGAAGUUACUACCCUCUUUGCAGUCUUGUUGAAAGACACUGCUGCCGUCGUCCUUACAUUCUUUUCAUCCUACUAUAUGUAGCAAACCGAAAAAUUUAUUGAUCCCAUAAUAGCGGCUUACACUACAGCAGCUUAGUGUUUCCACCUUUUCUGCGAUGGUAAGCAUCUUCCUCUGGUGCUUGGGUUCGAUGCGAAAAGUUUUUGGUCGUCAUCGUAGGGCUUGAAGUCAAAUUAUUUAUGAAAAUUUUACAACACUGCAGAGCAAUGCUAUGCACAGUGAUCAGACGUUGAUGUGAAAUGGACAUGAUGAUAUGCUGAACUCAUGCUAUACGUCAGGGGUGGGCAAAGUACGCAUAUGCGGCCCUUCGGAGGCAUUUAGCAAUAAAAAAAAAUUACUUUGUUUUUAAGUUAUUUUGCUGAAUUUCACAGAAUUUCAUGGACUGUUAUGAUUGUUUUAACUUUUUUGAUCAACUUUCUUUCUAAUUUUCUAUUUUUUAAAAAUAGUCCUUGACUUUUGUCAAGUGUGAAUUUACAGAUUUUUAAUAAAGAGAAAUGUUUAUCGACAUGUAAAAAUUGGACAUAAUUUACAUGCGGCCCCCCAAUAGCUUCACAUUAGUCAAUGUGGCCCUCCGUACAAAAAGUUUGCUCACCCCUGCUAUACGCAAUAUAUUUAUCAUAUCGCAAAAUCCUGUGAUCUGCCCGUCCUGAAAAAUCCCUGAUACAAAAUUAAAUAUAUACGAGUAAAAAAAAAUUUGAUACAGUGAAACUGAAAAAUGUGAACCUUAAAAUGGCAAGAGACAACAGUAUAUCUUUCUUCUUUUUUUUUUUGGUCAUUUAUUUAAUAAAAUUUCUUUUUAUCCAACUUCUCUUGUGGUCCAUUUGUUGUAAUAUCAUCUCCUUUUCUUUAAACUGUUACUCCUCUAAGAAUGAAUAUUUGUGUUAAAGUUAAAAACUGACAAUUGUAUUUUUAAGGAAAGCUGAGUUUUGAACCCUGUCUAUAAAUUGAUUUUUCAGGAGCUGACAUGCAGCCUUUUAUUGGUAUUGUGUUAACACAGCUAAUUGACAUCAUCAACCGAUCAAAUACACCUAAAACUCUACUUGAAAACACAGGUGGGUUUUGAAUUUUAAUUAAAAUAUUUGAUUUGUUGAUUUUAUUUUUUUAUUAAAAUUUCUUUGUUUUGUGUUAUACUUUUGUAUAAUCAUCCAGUUCCACUAGUCAUUUGCAGAGCAGAAUAAAAGGUAAAAUGCCAGUUUUUGUCUGAAAAUUUUAGAGUUAAAUGAAAUCCUGGAUAGCAACAUUUUCUUUAAUGUUUAUGGCUUUCAGAAUGAUUGUUGCUACUAGAAGUAAUGAAAUAUAUUAUUUUAUUUUUAUAACUAAUCAUAUUUACAAGGGACAUUAAAACAUAAGAACUUAGCUUUACAUUUUUUUUUGAAUGGUCUUGUUUCCAGCCACAUUGGACCUUGUACUUUCCUUUUAACAAGCUUGAUAGCGGUCUCCCACACUAAAUAAAUAUAUCUGCAAUUCUUGAACAUCUUGGUUCAAAACUCUUUAAAGAAAUUUGUCAAAUAAUAGUCAAGUAAACAUGAAAAGUUUGCUAAGAAUUUUUAAAAUGUCAUUACCGGAACAUAUUUUUAGUCCAGAAAAAGUCUUUAAGAAGUCCAUGUUAUUUGAAUAUUUAUUAUGAAGAUAUAGCCUUGUCAUCUCAUUUGUGAAGGGUUUUGUAAUUUCAUUUUCUUUGUAUUGUCAGCAAAAUUUUUCAUGUCCUUUUUUAAAUUGCAAACUCUUUGACUUUUAUAUUUAUUUAGGUAUUUAUGAUGUAGGAUUGUUUGUUAACUUGUUAUCUAUGUUAUGUCUUUGUAAUGUAUGACUAAUAUUGUUUUUAUAUAUUCCCAAAUUCAAGGAUGUGUUUUUGGUGACAGGAUUUUUUUUUCUUCCAAUAUCUUCUUGUUUACAGCAUUUAUCCAGAACAUUUCGUUUUUCUUUUUUUUUGAAGUAUUGUUUUAUGUAUGUAUUGUUUAUCGUUGUAUGUUCUUUCUUCCCAUUAUAUUUGCCUUCUUCGUGCGUUCUGUCAUCGUGUCCUCGUCGUGGUUACAUAGCCAUUACUAUUGGGAGACUGGGCUUAGUUUGCCCCCAAGACGUGGCCCCACUUUUACAACAGUUUAUCAGACAAUGGUAAUUUUUCUUUUUCUUUAUUUGGUAUCAAUUCCUUUGGUUUAACUUCUUUCAUUUUGAAACCUUUUGAUGAUGUAACCCUUAGUUACCCUGUGUGUUUAUCUAAUUAGAGAUGGUCCUAUUUCAAUAAUUUUUGUAAUUUGCCCCAUUCAUUAAAUUCAGACAUAAUUAUUUUUUGUUGAAUAUUCUGUCGUUUCUAAUUUUUUUUUGUUUUUUCCCAGUUAUUAAUUUGAACGCAAACAUUGGGAUUUAAUUAGUCUUUAGUAUUUGAAAAAAGUGAAUAUGUAGUGUAUAUUUUUAUAUUAACAGGGUAAGUUUUUUUUUAUAAGAAAGAAUUUUUUCUUUUGGGUUGGCAUCUUUCAAGUAUGAAAAUUAAUACAUUUCUCACUUUAGUUAAUUGAAACCUUAAAUCACAAUGGAUGUAAGUUUUUUUAAUUUACAAAAGGCUCAUUGUGCUAAUGUUAGGAUCAUGCUUAUUUUAAACAUUUCUUCCCACAGGUGCACAUCCUUACGCAAUAUAAGAGACAAUGAAGAGAAAGACUCAGCCUUUCGUGGAGUUUGUCACAUGAUUGGAGUAAACCCUGCUGGUGUUGUCCAGGACUUUAUCUUCUUCUGUGAUGCUGUAGCAUCUUGGAUGCAUCCCAAACCUGAUUUAAAGGAUAUGUUUUAUAAGGUUGGUUACCAACUAAUUUUUUAAUAUUUGGUCUCUGGAAAUAUUGCAAUUAUUUUCAUAUUGCAACUAUUUUCAGUCAACAGACGAUAUAAUGUCUGGCCGAGGAGUGAUUUUAAAUUUGUCUCACUGAGCAGCAUGAAGUUGUAUUCGUACUAUGACCUCAGCAUUAUUAAUUUACACAGAUUAUUAAAAUGUUCAACUUCCAUUUUUAAUAUAACUAUUUUUCUUUUGCUAGAUACUUCAUGGAUUUAAGUCUCAGGUUGGUGAAGAGAACUGGUCUAAAUUUUCAGACCAGUUUCCACAGCCUUUAAAGGAACGUUUGACUGUCAACUAUGGUGUUUGAAAAAGUAAUCUUAAAGGUUUGUUCUCUCUUUUCAUUUAUAUAAGUACUUUUUAUAACUUUAAGUUAUGCUUAUUUGUUUGAAUUAGUAAUUAUAUUUUAAAUGUAUCAAUUUUACUAUGCAUAAAUAAUGUUUUAAGAUUUGAUUCCCUGUGAUUAUUUUAAACUUUAAAAAAAAAAUAAUUUUAUAGGUCAUAUCUGUGUUCCUAGAGGUCAUGAAACACACUUUCAUUUUUGCUAUUGGAAAAAAUGAUUAAUAAAAAUGUAUUAAUUAAAUUACUCUUGAUAUUUAUUUCUUUUUCUUUUCAGAGGUAUCAGGGUGAUAAGGACAUUCUUCGCUCUUGACACUCUCUACCCCUCAACAGAUGGGAAGGGUUGGGAUUGGGUAAGGGUGGGCUGGGUGGUGAGGGCCUGGGAUACGGAGACAUUAACAGACAGUAAUGGGAGGGUCACAAAAGAACAGCUAUCUUAAAAAGCAAAGGAUCACCUGCUUUUUCUUUGCAAUAGGUAUUUAAAAUAUCCUAAAGAUCUAAGAACUUGUAACUAACUGUUAAUAGUUACACCUGAUUUUCUGGAAUGGGUUUGAUCUGAUUUAAUAGCUGGGCAAGUUUGAAACAAAAAUAAUUAAAGUUAGAUGUAGAGCACAAAAAUUAAAUUUAUUACAUUUAGCAAGGUAUUGUUUUAAAAUUGUUGUAUAUGAUAAAUUCCUGUUGCAACUUAUACUGCACUUCAGUGAAUUAAUUGCAUCAUUGCAUGACCUUUAGUAUGUGUGAUAAAUAUCUCAACACAUUUUGGCAUUGUAACUUUCACAUGCAGUAUAGAAUGGUUUAAUUGUAAAUCAAGGACAUUGAAGACUUAUAGUCCAGUAUGUGUUUGGACCAUAUUGUUCGUGAAAUGUUUAACAUUUUAUUUAAUAGUUUUUCCCCAAAUUUAUUGAACCAAGUCAAAAAGUUUGCUUUAAAAUUGUUACCUUUAAGUUUAACUCAAGGAGACAUUAGAUGGCUAGAGAUAUUAGUUUCUGUCUCUAGUUUCAGGAUUAUCAUGUAAUUAACAGUUUAUAAGUUAAAUAUGAUCCUGUUUUUCAGAAUAUUUAAUCUUAAUGGAAAUGUAUGGCAUAUUAGUUCAGUGAUGAUUUUUGUGCAAUGUCAGCCUCCCACAUUCAUUUUUCCUCCGUAUUUUUUUAACUACCUCACAUGGUGGCAGAAUGUGUCAUGUGUUUCAGCGCAAGAUCUAAGCUGGCCAAAAUCUGUUGCUUGUCCCAAUCAUGCAAUGGUUGUGACAUAGUGCACCACCUGUGGCAUGGGAUCCAAGAUGACCUCCAAUUGAGUUGGCUUCAAGUAAACUGUGAUAUUUACCAUGUUCCUUUGGCACUGCAGAAUGAAAUGUAUCAAUCGCUUCUUCCAUGUAAGCCAAAUUAAAUUUUGUCAAUUUUGUAGCAUUAAAAAUAAUUGGUUUAGCUCAUUUUUAUUGAUCCAGUAGAAACAUUUACCUAUUGGAAAAAUUUCUAUGUGAUUGUUACCUCUAUUGCUUUUUAAGUUAGGAGUGUGAAAGUUUUUGUGCUGAAUCUAUUUUUUUUCUUCCAAAAAGCCACAACAUUCAGAGCUUUUUAUAAGUUAUAGAAAAACAAAAUUUGUGGAAAAUUAUCAAUAAAUCUUAAACCUUGGUUAAAAUCAAUCCAUUUUUAAUCUUGGCCACCUGUAAAUAAGAUUUUUAUGAGAUGCCUCAUUUUAUACCGGUAGUUAGUUAUCAGUAGUUUUUUUUAUUACUUUUGUAAAAAAAAUAUUUUACAAGAAUAGAUAAUUAAAAUUCAUCACUAAGUAAUGUAACAAAUAUUGUUAAAAAAUUAUUCAGUGAUUCAUAAUUUUGAAAAUUAUUUUAUUUUUUCUUCUUUCAUUUAUGUAUGCAAUACUAGAAAUAUCAAGCUUGUAAUAAUCUAUUGGAUGAGAGUGCCAUGGUAUGGUAGAUAUGUUAAUUUAUAUUUCAAACUAUGGCUAUUACUUUUGAAAAUAUUUGAUGUGGAGGUUGCUUUAUUUUGUAGUAAUUGUACUAAAUGUCAAGAGUGGAUGUAAGUUAUGCAAUUUGUAAACAGACCUUGCCGAUUUCAUAUACUGGUAUGCUAUUAUAACUACAUGCUAUUAUUUUAAUUUUUGGUCUUUACAUAUCAGAUCUAAAAUUUUCUAGUGCAUCUGAACUAACCUGUCACUCAAGUUUGUAAUCAGCUAUAAGUGACAUUGUAUAUAAAAGGGUUUAAGCUUGUAUUAUUUGCAUGCAUCUUUAACACUUCUCAAAUACAAUAUUCUUUUCAGUCCUUAGUCUUUAAGUGUAUGAUGGUUGUACAUUGUCAAUUUUAGUUGUAAAAUAAAUUAAAGUACAUUUUUGAGAA